AUGCCUUACGAUCCGGACUGGGACCUGGAGGAGGGGGAUGGCUACAAAGCCGAUACUCUCCAAGCCGAAGCUGAUCACGGGAGCCUAUCUUCCGGGCACGCAUCGAACGGGAUGGGCGCAGUGGGAGAGGGAGAUAAACAGGGACAGGAGACAAGCGGCCAUGAGGACGGGCCGGACAAUGUGAAGAGUGAGGAUGGCAUGGAAGUUGAACUACCCGAUCGUGAUCGACAUCAUUUCGGAAAUGCUCAGCACGACAGGCACACGACUCCUCGGAGCCGGCUGCCAUUCCCGGGUGCAGAGGCUAUUGCGAGGCUUCCCCACGUGGAAGUCGUCCUUCACUCCAGCCCAAGACGGUCCUCAUUCACCGCAUUGGAGGAUGAAAUGAUGGAAAGAAUUGACGGAGAAAUGAAUCUGGUUACCUCGGACAUUGUCCCAGACCAAAGGAGGCACCAAGAACGACCCCCAGCAAAGGCGCAGGCUGUCCCGCCCAAGACGCAGACUUCUGCCGUUCCAGCACCCAUCCUCACUCCCCAACCCAAGAAGCGCGGGCGCCCGGUCGGCUGGAGACUGGGGUACGGCUCAUACACAGCAAUGAGGUCGGGACUGCCACCCGGGUCGUCGACGCCGCGUCCGAAGCCGCAGAGGCCGACCAGCGAGCAGAAAGCGAGGCGCCGCCCGGGGCGGAAACCAGCUCCAACAGCGCGCGAAACCUACCUGAAGCUCAACCCGCGCUUUAUCUCCUUCCGUUGCGAGUGGGAGAACUGCCCGGCGGAGCUGCAAAACUUGGAUACCCUCCUCAAGCACCUGCUCGUCGUCCACGGCCGGCCGUCAUCGUCGGCAUCAUCAUCCGAGUCCGGCCAGCCUCUCCCCUGCAAAUGGUCCAACUGCACCGCCAUGCCACUCCCGUCCCGCGACUCCUUCGCGGCCCAUGUUGAAACCGCCCAUCUGAUCCCCUAUCUCUGGCACGCAGGCGACGGCCCGCGCAACAGCACGCCAACGCCCCCGACGACGUCAACGACGACGGCGGCAGAGCCCCUUCCAAGCUACCUUUUCAACGAGCGGGGCGAACAAGUGACGCCGUCAAUCGCCGGCCAGCAGGUGGAGAACGAGGAGGAGCGCAAGAAGCGGCAGGCGCGCGUGAACCGGGUGCUGCUGCAGCGCGACCAGAACGCGCCCGAGGAGCCGGACUACACGCCGCGCGAGCUGGAGAUGAUCACCGAGCUGAUGAGCGCCAAGAGGGCGCGGCAGGAGAUGUUUCGCGAGUACGCCCGGCGGGUGUACAGCAGUGCCGAGAUGGCAGGGUGGAAGCCGUAUUAA